AUGCUCCGCGUUGACAGGAGAGCCUUGUGGGAGUUCCAUGGAGACAGUCAGGAGUCGCUUAGGCGGCUCCCGUGCCCGACCGCAGUGAUGGACGAGUAUGCGGCCUCUGUGGCUACGCUCGUGGGCAUGCUCGGGAUUGACGCCGGCCAGGCCGGGACGCUGCUCCAGAAUGCGGGUGGCAACAUUGAGGCGGCCGCCUCCGAGUACUUUUACAUGAUGGAGGAGGGCGGCGGGACGGACGGCGAGACGGACGGCGCGUCGACCGACAUGGACGAGGACGAAGACAUGGCGAUGGCGAUGGCGCCCCCUCCGACGAUGGCGCGGCCGACCGCCAAGCGCCCGAAACUCGAGGCGCGUCCCGCGCCGCGGCUCGGCCUCGACGCCGCGGGGCUCGCCGCCCUCCAGGCCGGCUUUGCUCUGUCGGCCGCGCCGGCAGACGGCGCCGACGCGCUGCACCGGGCGGCCCUCCUCUCGGGGGCCGCUGAGGAGGACGGGCUCUCCCUCUACGGCGACUCUGGAGAGAGCGACCUCGUCGGCUUGCUCAAGGCUUCGGCGGCGGCGGCGCCGUUUGUGACCGCCGUCGCCACGUCGCUCUCGCUGGCGGAGCAGGAGAGCGUAUACGGCCCGGCACUCGAGUCGUUGCUGCGCCGGCUCGACCCGUACUCGGGCGGCGCUGUGGAGAGCGGCAGGCUCCGCUCUGGCGAGUGGACUGGCCGGGAGGCAGAGGGGCUCGGAGUGCUGCGCCUGCUCAGCCCCUCGCCGGCUGGGCUGACGGGGCAGCGGGUCAUCCUCACGGCGGCGCUCUUCAAGGACCCGGCAGCCAAGGCGGCCGCGCUGCGCUGGCUGGGCGCUGUGCUCGCGGCCAACGGCGCGAACGCAGACGGGGGGAAGCAGCAGAGCCCUCAAGAGGCGAUGCGGGCGCGGCAGAGCGGCGCGUCGGGCGGCGCGGCGGCGGUGCUGCUGCAGCUGUGCGGCCCCUUCCUCACCCCGACGGCUCUCCGCGACGGCAAGGGGCAUGACGGCUUCGCGCGGCUCGAUUGGAGGCUCACCGAAGCUGGCGGCGACCCUUCUGGCGGCGGCGGAGCGGGUGCGGGUGGGUCGGGAGGGUUCGAGGAGUCCAACGAGGAGGCGGACGAGCUGGCGCAGGCCGAUCAAGCUCUCCCUCUGACGCAUCAACUAGUGGAUGCGUCAAUUCAAGUCCUUCAUUCCGCGCAGGCGAUCAAGCUCUCCCUCCUCUCGAGCAGCGACGCCGCCGCCGAGCCCGCUCCCCCCCCGAACACCCCACCGCCGGCUGGCGCUGCUGGUGGGUCGGCGGAGGGGGUCGCGGCGGGCGGCGGCGACGCCGAGGCGGAGCUGCACUUUGCGGAGCUGCACUUUGUAACGGAGUGCUUCUUCCUCUGCCUGCGCGCGCUGCACGUCGGCGUCCUCCCCGCCAUGCGAGGAGCCGGCCGCCGCCUCCCCGCCAUGCGCCGCUGCGAGCGGAUCCUCCUCGAGCUGCAGCGCAAGGGCGGUGCGGCGGCCUUCGACGCACACUUGCACGCGAUCAAGGAGGCUGGGCAGGGCAAGGCGCAGGCGGCGGUGCUGGCGUACCGGCUGCUGCUCGACGGCCCGCGGCUGCAGCCCCUCCUCCUCCGCUUCUGCGGCCUCGCCGGCGCGGGGCUCGAGCAUCUCUGGCGAGAGGCGCGGGGCUCGAGCAUCUCUGGCGAGAGCGCGGCGGCGGCCGACGCGUGCGCCGCCCUGCCCGCCUCGACGCUGACCGACGUGUUUGCGCUCCUCGUGCUGUUCGCGCGCAAGGACCCCCAGGCUCUCGUUGCUUCGGAGGUUGCGGCGCCCCUCGUCUCGCGCUGCGCGUGCCGCUGGGCCCUCGCCUCCUCGCCCUUCGUCCGCUUCACCGCCGCCGAGCUGCUCGAGACGCUCGUGCAGAUGGACGAGCACGCGGCGCGGCUGGCCGGCUCGCGGCUGCGCGGCGUGGCGGGGCCGCUUGUCAGGCUGAUCGACGCCGAGGCGGCGUCGGAGGUGCAGCUGCCCCUGCUCUCCCUCUACGUCGAGCUCGGGCUGCACACAAACGCGGCGGCCGUCUCCGACAAGAACGGCGACCGCUUCCGCAUCAUGAGCGUGCUGCGCGCGCUGUGGCAGCAGCCGCAGCCGUGGAGGGCGCUGCAGGCCGCCGCGGCCGCCUCGCUCGAGCCGGGCGGUGGCGGCGACGGCGGCGCGGCGUUUGGAGAGUUUGCAGAGACGCUGGUCAAGGAGGCGGUCUUUCUGCUGGCGGAUGCGCUCGGCCGGCUGGCGGACGUGCACACGAGGCAGGAGGAGAUGCCAGCCUCGGUGCGUCGCGGGGACAAGGCGGCGUCGCUGCCGGCCCCGCCGCCGGCCUCUGCCGCCGACAAGGAGAAGGAGGCGGCGUGGGCGGCGCUGAGCGGGAAGGAGAGGCAGGCGCGCGAGGCUCGCCUCGAGCAGUGCCGCCGCACCGCCAAGGGCUUCCUCCAGCUCGCCCACUCGUCGCUGGCGGCCCUCCUCUUCCUCACCGACGAGGCGGGCGUCUGCUCCGCCUUUGCCUCCCACCCGUCCCGCGCCUCCAAGCUCGCGGCGAUGCUGGUCGAGUUCCUGCGCAAGCUCUGCGACGUCAAGGCGCGGGAGGGCUUGCGCGUCGACCAGCCCGACAAGCUGGGCUGGCACCCGAAGAAGAUGCGCUCCGACACGCGGCCGCACCCGAAGAAGAUGCUCUCCGACACCCGCACGCACCCGAAGAAGAGGCUCUCCGACACCCGCACGCACCCGAAGAAGAUGCUCUCCGACACCCGCACGCACCCGAAGAAGAUGCUCUCCGACACGGCGCAGCUUCUGCUCCACGCCGCCUCGCGCGUGCCCGCCUUCGUGCAGACGCUCGCCGCUUGCGACAACCUCGACGUGCCCCUCCUGCACACGGCGACCAACAUCCUCGAGCACGCGUUCAAUCGUUGA